AUGCGUCGAUGGAACAGGAGCGGCAGGACCAGACCGCUGGGGAUGUUGAACCACUGCGCAGACGCCAUCGUGAGACACUUCACAGAAUCAGUGACCUUCACCUCUGAAACCAAGAGUCCCACGAGGCGCAGGACGCAUCAGCGCGCACAGGACGCAGGCGAGAAGCCGAUCGUCAGCACCGAGAUCACGGCCAAGAGGCUCUGCGAUCUGAGGAAGUACAAACAGGCCAUGGCAAAGCUGAAGAGCCACAAACAUGCAAUGCAGAUGUUCCGGGUCAGCACCGUGCUGUUUUUAAAGUGUAAGUAUGAGAUGGGAUGA